AUGAAGCUUAUUUACACAAUUAAAAAUGGAGCGUAUGAUUUAGGGUCAUUGUCCCCUAAAGGUCAUCCUAGUGAGGGAAGUUCAGACUUUCUGAAGGAUAUGGCGCUGGAACCGCUUCGGCAGUUCCUUGUGUCCUUGAAUCAAGUUCAAGAAAGGAAGAGAGACUCGUCUAGGCCAUAGGCUACUGUAACGGUUUGACGGUUAGGCCAAUUCCACCUACCGUUGUUCAGAGCUGUUAGCCAGUGAUGGAAUUCAGGAAGGAUGGGCUUGUUUCGUUGGUCCUAAGCUAAGUGGGGGUCAACGGAGAGUUAUCGUAAUCUUAAAUCUUAAAUCUUAAAGCUUAUUUAUAAGUUUGAUUGGGAAAUUGAAUGUUUAGCUAAGCAAAGGGAAAAUUUAGCUGUCAUUGGGAGCAAGCUGACAGGAAAUGUGUGGGAUGGGUGGGUGAGCAUAAUAAAUUAUGGGGAAAAUCAGUACCACCAAGUUGCAGCAAAUCGAUUUGAGAGUGGAAUGAGAUGUGGAGCUUGGCAUGGAGGGAAACUCUAUGUGGGAGCAGAUAAUGGAGAUGUUUAUUGCUUUAACCAGGAUUUGAGCAUAGCAGCUAAGGCUUCAUUGCACAAUGACUCAGUAGCGAGCAUUGAUAAAAAAGGACAAAAUAUAGUAUCAGCAGACAGCUACGAGUAAGAAAUAAGCAGAAUCAUUGUAUGGGACCAGAGCAUGAAUUUUCAGUUCAGCAUGCAAAAUGCAGACACAAGCCACUUAAAAUUGUAUGACAAUCAUUCUAUACUGAGUAUAGGAAAUGACGUGAGGAUAUGGGAUAUAAGAAGUAAGGAAUCAAAAGCCAUUUUAAAUUUAAGUGGAAAUGCAGUAGAUAUGAGACUGGUGGAUAGUAGUUUGUUUAUUGCCCAGGAAGAUGGACUUAUACUGCAGAUUGAUCUUAGGAGUGAAAAUUGCAUUAAUCAGUGGGUAAAGCCUAUAUAGAAUGUUGAUCAUCUUCUCUCAAGCAUUGAAGUCAUAGGAAGCAGCUUUGCAAUUGGGACCCAACAAGGCGAUUUGCUUCUUUACGAUUAUGGAAACUCCCAACUGCAAACCUCAACAGCUCUUCACAAAGACCAAAUCAGAAGCUUGCUAUUCACAGGCUCAGAAAUCCUAACAGGGUCUUUAGACCGAACACUAAAAUCUUACCACAUUUAA